AUGGCGUGCGAAGAACUGACGAAUUUCUUAGGGAAGAUCGAACAAAAUAUUGGUAAAGAAAGCUAUGAGAUAAUAAGAAACACAUUACGAGAUAAUAACUUUACAUCUCGGCUAUCAUUAAAGCUGCUAGAUCCGGAAAAUUUAGACGUUAUAUUUGCCAAAAGUAAACUGCCUCUGGGAUCUCGAAAAAUUCUUGAAUAUCACUUGGAUUUGCUACGCAAUGAAUCGCCGUUAUCAAGACCUAAACCACAGCGAACCGACCCCGCAGCUAUUGAAGAAAGUUCAGCUGAUCAAGCUGACUCAAAGCCAAAGGUAAGACACUGUUUCACGCAAAAUUCAUGUAAAUAUAAAUCGCAAUUUUGCAAAUGUGCAACUUGUUGAGUGAGCAAAAUAUUAUAAACUAUUAAUUAUUAUAAUAAAUUUAUUUGACAAUUGUGUAUUUUUUCCAGGAUAAAAAUGAGAAUACCAUGCGGUGCUUAGAAAAACGUCGUCAGAAGAUAGAAAAACAGAUUUUCGAUAAAGAAAGUGAAUUGAGAGAAUUGCAAGUACAUUUGGAAUCAAUGGAUAUCAAUGUCCCGUCAUUACCAACUAUCGGAAACUCUGGAAGGAUUACGUGCAGUAAAUGCCACCACAAGGGGCAUAGAAAUCAAGUAAAUAACCCAUGCAACUUACAGAAAUGCUCAUCGUACACGUAUUGUGGCAUCAAGGCAAAGCACCCGGAGUAUUUCACAGAAAUUAACAAGUUGAAAAACGACAUAAAGAAAAAGAAUAACAACAUCCGAGAUCUACAACAACAAUUAGCGGGCUUGAAAACUUUGCCAGUCAAAGCGAACAUCAGUUUAUUAAAGCGCUGA